UGUGUUUAGGCAGUGGAGUUGAAUGUGUGCGUGUAGUCGUCGUUUACGUCAAAAUUUCCAACAGUGGGCUGGUCGGGCAAUAGAUUUUAGACUCCAAAUUUAUGUGUCGAAAACUAUAUUAAUAGUGAAUAUUGUCGUUUAAGUAAAUUAAAAUUAAUUAAACAGAAUAUAUGUAUGUUAUAAAAAUAUGAUAAUAUUUAUAUAUUUAUGAUUUCAUUGAAUCUACCGCGCCUCGGGUUGUCGGCGGCAACGAUGUGUAUAUACUGCCAAGAAAAUACGAUAAUAUGAGGAAAAUAAAAAGAUUUUGCAUUUAUACCCCUACUAAAUGCAAUCAUAAUAAUAACUUACCCAGGUUUUUGCUCUAUCAAUAAAAUGAGUGCAAUAAAAACAUGUUUUUGGUUUGCGAAAAGAACGAUAUGUCAAGAAAUUGAGGGAUAAAAACAAAUAUGUGCAAUUUAAUGAAUGAUAUAUAUCAUGAAACACUAUGUACACCGUCGCUAUUUAAAUUGUUUUUUAACUAUGUAUGUAAAAUGCAAAAUAUUUAAAACAAGGCAUAAAUAUACCUUGACUGCAUUUGUAUACAAUAUAAAUUAAGGCGUUCAAAAAUAUUUGUGUAAAGUUGUGUUCACAAAAGUUAUUGGAGAUAAAAUGCAAGCUAAAAAGCGGUAUAUUUUGGUUUUUGUGUCUUGUGCAUUUCUUGCAUAUUGUUAUUUUGGUGGUUAUCGACUCAAAAAAAGUGAUGGUGCUCACCGAAAUCUUCAAGUGGUAGAUGCAGUAACGCGCGCUCGUCUCCUGGAAAAAUUACCCAGUUACCAACCCAAAGAAAACGUUUAUAUGACACUUGGAAUCGAUAAAACAGACAAUUCAAGUAAGCUAGAUGACGAUAAGCAAAAAUCCUCACAUGAGUUGAAUAAGGCACUUUCCUGCCGAAUGGAAAGUUGUUUUGACUUUACCAAAUGCUACGGAGAAUUUUUAGUGUAUGUGUAUCCACCAGAACCUUUAAACUCCUUGGGUGCUGCUCCUCCAGUAUCAGCUAAUUACCAAAAAAUAUUAUCCGCAAUUCGCGAAUCUCGAUACUAUACGUCCCAACCGGAGCGGGCAUGUCUAUUUGUUUUAGCUAUUGAUACCCUGGAUCGAGAUUCGUUGUCAAAUGACUAUGUUCGUAACGUUCCAUCAAGGCUAGCACGCUUGCAGUACUGGAACAAUGGCAGAAAUCAUUUGAUAUUCAAUUUGUAUUCAGGGACAUGGCCGGAUUAUGCGGAGGAUUCUCUUGGUUUCGAUCCAGGUGAAGCUAUACUAGCAAAAGCCAGCAUGAGUGUACUUCAAAUACGUCCAAACUUCGAUAUCAGCAUUCCCCUGUUUCAUAAACAGUUUCCUUUACGUGCGGGCUCAUCUGGCUUAGUACAAACUAAUAAUUUUCCAGCAAACAAAAAAUACUUAUUAGCUUUUAAAGGAAAAAGAUAUGUGCAUGGAAUUGGUUCUGAGACACGAAACUCCUUAUUUCAUCUACAUAAUGGUAGGGAUAUCAUUUUAGUCACAACUUGUCGCCAUGGCAAGAGUUGGAGAGAACUUCAGGACGGACGAUGUGAUGAGGACAAUCGGGAAUAUGACAAAUAUGACUAUGAGACGUUAUUGCAAAACUCUACGUUUUGUUUGGUACCGCGUGGACGACGUUUGGGAUCAUUUCGGUUUCUAGAAGCACUGCAAGCAGGUUGCAUUCCAGUUUUACUAUCGAAUGGGUGGGUUCUACCGUUUGAGUCAAAAAUAGAUUGGAAGGAUGCUGUCAUUUGGGCAGAUGAACGAUUAUUGCUACAGGUGCCGGAAGUAGUACGCUCCAUUUCGUUAGAACGAAUUUUGGCUUUGCGCCAGCAAACCCAAGUCCUAUGGGAACGCUAUUUUGGAUCAAUAGAAAAAAUUGUGUUUACCACGUUUGAGAUUAUCCGUGAGCGCCUACCAGAUUAUCCAGUUCGCAAUACUUUUAUUUGGAAUACAUCGCCUGGCGCUCUUCUAACACUUCCAACAUUUGCUGAUAGUUCUAGGUAUAUGCCAUUUUUAUUGGAUUCCAUGGGAGUUGAACCCCGCCACAAUUACACGGCUGUUAUUUAUGUACAAAUUGGUUCGAUUCUGGGCCCGAACACUGCGCUAUACAAGUUAAUCAAAACUAUUUCAAAAAGUCAAUUCGUAGAUAGAAUUUUGGUUCUCUGGGCGGCUGAUCGCCCUAUUCCAUCUAAAAAGAGAUGGCCUUCGACUUACCAUAUACCAUUCCAUAUAAUAACUUUAAGUGGCUUAAGUAUUGGUAAAUCAUCUCGAUCUAUCAAAAAUGAUGUCAAUGAAAAGUUCUAUAAUGGUACUUUACGUUCCGGUGGAGUGUCUAUUAAUCAUCAAGAUUCAAAAAUCAACAGAGAGGAAACUUUAGAUGUAUUUGAUGAGCGCCCAAGCAUAUCACAACGUUUUUAUCCAUAUCCCGAAAUCCAAACAGAUGCAGUGCUCUCACUAGAUGAGGACUCUAUACUCAAUACGGACGAAUUGGAUUUUGCAUACACAGUUUGGCGAGAUUUUCCAGAUCGUAUUGUUGGUUAUCCGGCGCGGGCUCACUUCUGGGACGAUUCAAAGAAUGCGUGGGGAUACACAUCUAAGUGGACCAAUUACUAUUCCAUUGUCUUGACUGGUGCAGCUUUCUAUCAUCGAUACUAUAAUUACUUGUACACCAAUUGGCUAUCAUUAUUGCUUCUUAAGACUGUACAACAAUCAUCCAAUUGUGAAGAUAUCCUAAUGAAUUUGCUUGUAUCGCAUGUAACGAGAAAACCACCGAUUAAAGUGACACAGCGCAAAGGCUAUAAGGAUCGUGAAACGGGACAUUCUCCGUGGAAUGAUCCAGAUCAUUUCAUUCAACGGCAAAGUUGUCUCAAUACGUUCGCUGCAGUUUUUGGAUAUAUGCCGUUGAUACGUUCAAAUUUACGUCUUGAUCCGGUAUUGUAUCGGGAUCCAGUGUCCAAUCUACGUAAGAAGUACCGCCAAAUUGAGUUGGUCGGUAGCUAGCACUACAUAAGCACAAGCUAUAAAGUUAAGCUUAACUAAUCUGUGUUUAUCAACCACAAAAGUAAACUUAACUGUAUUCAAAAUACAAAUGGAAAGCUAUAAAAGUAGUUUUAAGUCACAGGUUUACAGAUCAAAUGUAUUUAUUGCAAUAAUAGACGUGCAGUUAAAGUUAUAUAGCUUGCAAGGUUUGGCAAAGAUACAUACCUUUACGUGAAUGUUUACGUGCGAGUAUGGAUAUAGUGUACCGAAUAAAGUGUCACAACUAUUUAUAUAAAUUAGUAAGAAGUUAUUUGUAUGUAAAAUGCCAUUUAUGAUAAGUCACAGCCACAAUAAUUUAGAUUCUGUAAUUAUAUUUAUAAGAUGUUAUAAGUUAACAUAUAAUGAUGUUGAUGAUGAUGACAUGACAUGAUGGUGAUUACUUUAGGUCGCUAUUU